ACCGAGUUCGGAACAGUUUGCCAGAGGCUUCCCGUAAGCGUAACCCCUGGACACGCUUUUCGCUAUGUAAAUAUAACGCGCGUUCGUCACACUCGUUUCUCCUCAACUCGAGGACUGCCCUUGAAAAAAAAAACUCCUCGUCCUCUUCCAAAUUCAAAAACCGAAUGAAUGUUCAAAACCAGAGAGGAGAGUUGUAAAUGAAGGAGGGUUUUGAUUUUUGAUGAGAUGAAGAAGAAGAAUGUCGGAGGAGGAAGGGCAAGGCUCUCCAAACUCCAUCCCCAACCCUCCGCCAUGGCUCUCAGUUACCUCUGCCAGCCUACUGAUUCUGAAGCGCAACCAGAUUCCGGACCCGGUGGUACUAGGGUCAAUGAAGCUAGUAAUGAUGGUCAGUGUGGUACAGUAGCUGAAACCUGCACUGAUAGUGAUCAUAAUAGCCAAUGCCACGAGUUGGCUCCUAACACAACUGGCGAAACGGUUGUCCUCACAGAGCAUUCUUGUGGUUUGGAACCUCAGGAAAUAUGUGGGCCUGAAGAAUGUUUGGAAAUGGAUUGGACAGAAGCAGAAGUUUGUAUAAAAUGCGAUAAAGGUGGCAAGCUGUUGGUUUGUAGCGACAGUAACUGCCCUUUGGCUGUUCAUGACGAGUGCAUGCACUGUUCAGCUCGGUUUGACAGUAUGGGAAACUUCUACUGCCCUUAUUGUUCGUAUAAACGAGCUAUGUUGGAAACACGUAAAGCAAGGAAAAAAGCUAUGUUGGCGAAGAAAGCUUUAUCGGUUUUUCUGGAUAAAGGAAUGAUGAAUGGUGACCCACAGAAGAAUAAGGCAGAGAGAGAUUGGAGGAAAGAGGUGAAGGCAUCAAAAACUGUGGGAGAUACAAAAGCUGAUAAUAGGAGUAGGCUGGAUGCUGUUGAAGCGGACUACCAUUUCAUUCAAAUAGAGGAAGAUCAACGUGAAGAGACAUUUGAUGUCUAUAGAGGUGCCAAGGCAUCAGCUGUGAAUGAGCAAAAUGAUGUUGUGAGCAGAUGUAGUCAUAGUGCAAGACCGGGGGACGGCGCUCAGCAUAAAGUCAUGAUUGAAGAACAUAUGCAACAAGGGCCAAUUAUUGCAUGUGGCGGAGAUGGUACUUGUUGUACGGAAGAAGAGACGCGGCGUCAAUUUGAAAUUGUACAGGUUGAUAAAAGUGCUCAAGCAGAGCAUCCAAAACUAGUUGACCACCAAAAUGAGAGAUUGCUUCAAGAUAAGCAGCAACCUGACCCAUUGGGUGCUACCCUUGUAGAAAAAGAGACAGAAUUAGGUAGUGCAAUUCAUAUAUCAAGGGAAUUGGACAAUGCAGAUGUAGUUAAGGAGCAUGAAGGCAGCAGGCCAGAAGCAGAAGCCAUGCAAGAUCAAGAAAAAGGAGAUACAUUAUCCUCCAGUGGAGACGACUUCCAACAGGAUCCUGCAGAAGAUAGUGAUAUAUCGCAUGGAGACAAUGCAUAUGUAACGUAUGUUUCUCCACAGCAGAGGCAUAUUAAAAAGCAGAAUCAAAAUGGCAUACAGAGUCCAAGUGUUGACAGCCCAAGGAAGUCAGCAAGGAAGCUAACUAAAUCACAUGCAAAUGUGGUGCACAAAGAGAAAAAGAAUGCAACACCCAAAUCUAGGCUCACAAGCCCAACGCUUCCUCGUGCACGGCGUAAAAAACUACCAUGGACAGCUGACGAGGAAGAAAUGCUCAAGCUUUCUAAUGCUGCAGGAAGGAGUGCAAAAGUUCUCAACCAUGGUCAACAAAAAUCUCCCAUGGAGGAAAAUUUUGGAAUUUGGUCGUCAUGUUUUUGAUGGAACUCGCACCCCAGCCGACCUCAAGGACAAAUGGAGGAACAUUCUUGUCAAAGAAGGCUCAACAAGAUAGCUCAAGUAUACAUAGCAUAUGGCAGACUAAAAAUCAGUAGGUAAUCUGUAACACGUUUAGAAGGUCAAAAUCUUUUGUUCCUUUGUUCACGUUGGAGCUGCUUCUGCUGCAGUUUCCUAUAUGGGUUGGCUGAAGAGGAUCGAAACUAACAUCUGUACAGAGGAGGGUGUACUGGUAUAUAGAAACCGUCCUCUUUUUUGUGGUUUUUGUUGUUGCUUGAACUAUGUUUCUAACGAAUCGUGGAGGAAACGAGUUUACAGAGAAGGUAAAAUGAGCCAAUGAACUUGUUCUUGUACACAUGUUUUCUUUCAUUUUCCUGUUUUCUUUGUCAGUUUUCCAAAGUGAUAAUGAGGGUGGAUGUGCUUACCGGAUUAGCAUUUUCUAAGUUUUGCUAAUAGCGAAAACACUUGAUAGAAAGCAAGACAGUCAACACAGCCUGUAAAUCAUAUUGGGAUCAGCUCUUUCGCUGGCAUUUGGAUCGGUUGUUUCGCAUUUUAUGUACAUUGUUUAGUGUGCUCGGUUGAGGCUUUAUUUGGAUCGGCUUUUACUAA